AUGUACCAGGUACAUUGACAGUUCAGAUUAAUCCAGAAGACCUACCUGAAAAAGAUCCACAUGAACCAGUGACAAAGAAGCAAUAUGUGUAUAUGGUUGCAAAGUCUGCAGCACUUGGCUUCCAAGAAGAAAGUGUUGUAUUGGUCAGCCAUAGAAGUGGCUUUGUGUUCAUUCAAACAGAUAAACCAAUUUAUAAUCCUGAACAAGAAGUGAAAAUUCGAAUUCUUCCACUUGAUCAUCGAAUGAAACCUUCAGAUACACUGCUUCGUAUGGAGAUAUUGAAUCCACAAGGAGUUAUUGUGGAACGUCGAGAUGAUAUAACGUCUGAUACUGGAAUCAAAGUUGAGCUUUUCCGAUUUCCAUUAUUUCCAAUGUUUGGUUUUUGGUCAGUUGUUGUUAGUUAUGGCCCAGAGCACAUGCUAAAUUCAUCUGUGCAGUUUGAAGUCAAAGAAUAUGUCUUACCAACAUAUUCAUUAGAGAUUAAACCACAGAAACAUAUAUUACCACAAAGUAGGAGUGUUAUUGGAACUGUUGAAGCCAACUAUGUAUAUGGGAAACCUGUAUCUGGAAAUCUCUACAUGAAAUUUGGUGUUGACCAAGGAGAUGGUAAAAUGGAAAUCAUCAGAACUCUUCAGAGUUGGAUAAACGAAGGAACCGCAUUUUUCGAACUUCCAGUUGAAGCAUUUGUAACAUCCCUAGGAGAAAACUGGUUUGAAGACAGUGAAGGAAAAAGACUGUUCAUUGAAGCUUCUGUCACUGAAGAUGGUACAGGAUUGAUUGAAAAUAUGACUGACAACACAGCUGUAUUUGCUAGAUCUCCAUAUAAAUUCACAUUCGACCAAACAGUAAAGUACUUCAAGCCGGGAUUGCCUUAUGAAUUAAAAUUGGUUGUCACACAUGUCAAUAACCAACCAGCACAUGAUAUUCCUAUUGAAAUAAGAGCUCAAGCCGUUUCUGAUGGUGGCGUUAAUAUUGAUCUACUCAACGAAGGUGAUCCUGCCAGACAUGCAAUUAGCAAUGAAUAUGGUGAAGUCUACUACAGAAUUGAUGUACCCAGAGAUGCAAAGACAGUCAGAAUUACUGCUAGAACAAAUAAAGGCGAUAUUCUGCCCGAACAGAACAAGGAAGAAUUAUUUACUGCCCAACCUUAUGAAUCAUCCAGUGGUGGCUACCUGCUUGUUAGAGCCCAAGGGGCACCCUUCUUUGUUCGUUCAAAUAUCAAUGCUGAAGCACUGGUAACACAAGAGCUUGAAAUCAGUAAAAUUAAUUAUUAU